UGUGGCCGAGGUGGGCAUUAAUUGAGAUUGCUACUACAGCUGCAAAUGAUCGGGUGACGAUGAGGAUUCAGUCCAGCGGGGAUCCAGAACAAAAGCCAGUUAAACCGCAUUCGUGUGCCCGACUAUGGCCGAAUAUCUGCGUAGAGCGCAGAGCAGAGACCAUUUAUAAUACUCAAAUACAUGCAAUUAUUGAUUUUAUAAGUAAUGCCGUGAUAUCUGAUUGUUUUGCAAUCCGAACGGCCGUAGACCGUAGACCGUAGACCGACCUCCUCCCAGACCGCAGACCUCCCCCGCUGAGCGAGAAAUAUUCGCACGUUUCCAUCGAAAUGGGAGGGAAUCCGCACUUUGGAGUCGAGACUGUUUUUUAGUUGCGUCGCGACUGUGAAAGCCUCAGGUCUUCUUAGCGAAGGAGGCAAUCGGAUUGCAUAGGAUUUGAAUAAGGGAAAGUAUAAUACAAUAGCUUAGGGAUGCAGGUUCCUCGGAUGAAGCUCUUGAUGGGCUCGGGUGCCAUGUUCGUGUUUGCCAUCAUCUACGGCUGGGUGAUCUUCCCCAAAAUUCUCAAGCUAAUGAUUUCAAAGCAAGUUACUUUAAAACCAGGAUCGGAUGUUCGAGAACUCUGGUCCAACACUCCUUUCCCCCUGCAUUUUUAUAUCUACGUUUUCAACGUUACAAAUCCGGAUGAAGUGGCCGAAGGAGCUAAACCCAGAUUGCAGGAAGUGGGUCCCUUUGUUUUCGAUGAGUGGAAGGACAAGUACGAUUUGGAGGAUGAUGAUGAGGAGGAUACGGUUGGAUUCAACAUGAGGAAUACCUUCAUAUUUAACAAAAAGGAUUCGCUUCCACUGACGGGUGAAGAGGAGAUUAUCCUUCCUCAUCCCAUAAUGCAGCCUGGCGGAAUCUCGGUCCAAAGGGAAAAGGCUGCCAUGAUGGAGUUGGUUUCCAAGGGAUUGAACAUUGUGUUUCCCGAUGCCAAGGCCUUUUUGAAGGCCAAGUUCAUGGAUUUAUUUUUCCGUGGCAUCGACGUGGAUUGUUCAUCCGAGGAAUUUGCUGCAAAGGCUCUCUGCACGGUUUUCUACACCGGAGAAGUAAAGCAGGCAAAACAAGUCAACCAAACGCACUUCCUGUUCUCAUUUAUGGGUCAGGCCAAUCACUCGGAUGCUGGACGAUUUACAGUGUGUCGUGGAGUGAAGAACAAUAAGAAACUGGGAAAGGUGGUGAAAUUCGACGACGAGCCGGAGCAAAACAUUUGGCCAGAUGGCGAGUGCAACACUUAUGUGGGCACCGAUUCCACAGUUUUUGCUCCGGGUCUCAAAAAGGAGGAUGGCCUGUGGGCCUUUACUCCGGAUCUCUGUAGAUCCCUGGGUGCCUACUACCAGCACAAGUCGUCGUAUCAUGGAAUGCCAUCCAUGAGAUACACCCUGGAUUUGGGAGAUAUUCGUGCGGAUGAAAAUCUUCACUGUUUCUGCGAAGAUCCCGAGGAUUUGGACACUUGUCCUCCCAAGGGAACCAUGAAUCUGGCUGCCUGCGUGGGAGGUCCUUUGAUGGCCUCCAUGCCGCACUUUUACUUGGGUGAUCCCAAGCUGGUGGCCGAUGUGGAUGGUCUUAAUCCAAAUGAGAAGGAUCAUGCGGUUUUUAUAGAUUUUGAACUUAUGUCUGGAACUCCUUUUCAGGCCGCCAAACGUUUGCAGUUUAAUCUGGAUAUGGAACCAGUGGAGGGCAUUGAACCCAUGAAGGGUUUGCCCAAGUUGAUCUUGCCUCUUUUUUGGGUGGAGGAGGGUGUUCAACUCAACAAAACCUACACAAAUUUGGUGAAGUACACACUCUUUUUGGGUCUAAAAAUCAACUCAGUGCUGCGAUGGUCUUUGAUUACUUUCUCCUUUGUUGGCCUGAUGUUCGCUGCCUAUCUUUUCUACCACAAAUCGGACAGUCUGGACAUUACCAGCAUCAUGAAGGAUAACAACAAAGUGGACGAUGUGACCAACAGCAAGGAGCCUCUGCCAGAUCCAACCAAUCCAAAUCCAAAUCCAAAAUCAACCAUCCCUCCAAAGCAUCCUCCGAGUACUUUGCAGACUUUUCAGGGGGGAAACACACUAAUUCCGGGCACCAAUCCCACCAACCUCAAAAUGGAACACCGGGAGCGCUAUUAAAACC